UCAAUGAAAUAAGCAAGUAAUUGCUGAGUUGCGAAUCUGCUGCAGAGUAAUCGGUGGAUUGGGGCCUCUCCGAAAGCUGAAGCAGCGUUUCAUUCACUGUGCAGCUCUUUGCUUUAGGAUCAUCAUGGCCACAUCAGCGCUGAAAAUGCACCGCGUUUUAAUGAGUGUCCUUUGCAGUGCAUUUCUUUUCAGUGUAAUAUUGUGCGAUAAUGACACUGAAGAGGACGAGCAUACCAAGCACACUUACACAGUGGAGAUGUUUAAUAACGCUAUUUCGACUGCUCCACACUUCGUGAUGUUCUUCGCACCUUGGUGUGGUCAUUGUCAGAGGUUGCAGGGGACCUGGAAUGAGCUGGCAGAUAAAUACAACAGCAUGGAAUCUCCCCCUGUCUAUGUGGUUAAAGUAGACUGCACAAAGGACACAAAGUUUUGCUCCAGCAACCAUGGGAUCCGGGGAUAUCCUACUUUGAAGUUAUUUAAACCUGAGCAGGAGGCAGUGAAAUAUCAGGGCCCAAGAGACCUGCAAUCCCUAGAGACCUGGAUGCUGAAAACUCUUCAGGAGGAACCAGAGGUGCCACAAAGUGAGCCUGAGCCUCCCAAAGUGCCAGAGCCUUUGCAGGGCAUGUAUGAGCUUACUGCCUCCAACUUCAAAUCACAUGUCUCCAAAGGCUCUCACUUUGUGAAGUUUUUUGCACCAUGGUGUGGUCAUUGCAAAGCUAUGGCUCCCACAUGGGAGCAGCUUGCCACUAGCUUCGAACACUCGGACUUGGUCAAGAUUGGCAAGAUAGACUGUACUCAGCAUUAUGAGAUCUGUUCAGAGAACCAGGUGCGAGGCUACCCCACUUUGCUCUUCUUUAAAGAUGGAGAAAAGGUAGAUCAGUACCGGGGAAAACGUGAUCUGGAGGCCUUUAAAGAAUUUGUGGAUAAUCAGUUAGCAGCUGCCUCUUUAAAAGAACAGGCUGAUGCUGAGGAUGCAAAAGGCAAUGAAGUUCCACAGAACACAGAGUCUGUUAAAGAUGAGUCCAAUGUUAAAAUCCUCACUGAAGGCAACUUUGACGAGUCUAUUGCUAAAGGGAUUUCCUUCAUCAAGUUUUAUGCUCCAUGGUGUGGCCACUGCAAAAACUUGGCUCCCGUGUGGGAGGACCUGUCUAAGAAGGACUUUCCUGGCCUGACCGAUGUCAAGAUUGCUAAAGUGGACUGUACUGUAGAGAGAACACUCUGCAACAGAUUUUCUGUGAACGGAUACCCGACACUGCUGAUAUUCAGAGGAGGACAACUGGUUGAAGAGUAUAACAGUGGACGGGACUUGGAGAGCUUGCACAGCUUUGUUAUGAAGCAAGCCAGAGAUGAACUGUAGCACUACCUCAUUACUCGCACCUAUCUUGUUCUAUGUUUUCUCUCUCAGCUAGGCAGCACUUAUUUCUAUAAAUGAAAACAUCCUCCUGCAGAAAUAUUCAAGAGCCAUUCUUCAGCUUUUUUGCCUAUUUUUUAUAUGAGCAAUUACUAUAACUUUAUCAUUAAAUGAAAUCCGAAUGCAAGUCUGUUUUACUUGGAGACCAACGGAUUGAAAAGGUACUUCUGAUUGACAACCACUUCACCAGGAACAGAAAUACCUCCUCUUUUCCUUACCCCAAACCUGUCUAUUCAACAUUUGGUAGGCAUUAUAGUCUGGUUUAUUGGUCCAGCAAUAGUUUGUUGUGACUGUAAGAAGAUUCUUGUACCUUGGCUCUCAGGGAGAAUUUUUUUGUUUUAAAUAUAAGAGGUUGUUCAUUCUGCCAUUUUUAUUGCCCUUUUCACUCAGUUCCUAUUAUAUGUUGAAUUGUGUUGACUUCUUUACAAUUAAAAACUACACAAUUGUGGUUUGCCUCACAUAUCAGUUAUAUAAGGUUUCCUUGUGGGGAAAACUCAGAAUUUAAAGCCAGCUUCAGUCAUAGCUGGUCUAUAUUUUCCCCCAACUCGGCUUACUUAUUACACCCUACCAGUUAGUUAUAAAACUCAUUUACAGCUAGUGCACAGUGCAUUAGUGCAGGCAAAACACAGCUUCUAGGAGUCCUUUCUCACAUUUUUCUUCAUUUUGUUUAAAUCUUUGAAUAGAAAAUGUAUCAUUUUAAUGCUAGAAUUAUCAUCAUAUGAAACUUGAAAACUGAAAUACUGAAAUGUCAAUUUUACCAGUACUUAUGUUUAAAAAAAACACUGCAAUUUUAUGCAUAUGAUUAUUAUCCAAUCCAUGUUACUGGGUUUCUUCUAUACCUGUUUCUAUACCUAUAGAUUAAUUUGGGGGGGGGAAACAUACAUUUUGUCCAUGUAGAAUGCAGCAAAUGCAGAAAUAGACAAAUGUAUUUCAGUACCAAAUGAUUUUGUACAAAAUAUUUGAAAAAUUGUACUACAAAUGUCAUUAAAAUUUUUUAAUCCCAAAA